AGCCGCCCGGGGCCAGGGUGCGUGAACCUUGCCCUGGAGGCCUGUCACGGAGGGACAGACACGCCGUUCUUGGCCACACCAUGGCGGGCCCACGGUGCCUUGUCCUGCUCAGCGCCUCGCUGACCUGCCUCCUGCUCCUGGGGGACAGUGUGUUCCUUCCCCCGGAGCACGCCAGCAGCGUCCUGGGGAGGGUCCGCAGGGCCAACUCGUUUUGGGAAGAGAUGAAGAAAGGGAACCUGGAGAGAGAGUGUAUGGAGGAGACGUGCUCGUUUGAGGAGGCCCGCGAGGUCUUCGAGGACACCACCAAGACGACUGAAUUCUGGAAUAAAUACAAAGAUGGAGACCAGUGUGAAAGCAACCCUUGCCAGAACCAGGGCAAAUGCAUGGACAGCCUCGGGGGAUACACGUGCACCUGCUUGGAAGGAUACGAAGGCAAAAACUGUGAAUUGUCCAUGCGGAAAGCCUGCAGCCUGGACAACGGUGACUGUGACCAGUUCUGCAGUGAGGAGCAGGGCUCCGUGGUGUGCGCCUGCGCCAGCGGCUACGUCCUCGCGGAUGACGGCAAAUCCUGCGUCUCCACCGGGCCUUUCCCCUGCGGGAAACACACUCCGACGCGCAGGAGGAGGUCAGCCGAGACCGCCCAUGGCGGUGAGGGUCCCUCUGAAGCAGACGUGCAGGACCAGCACCCUGAAGACCUGCCUCCCACCGACAGCCCUCUGUACCUGCAGCCCUUCAACAAGACGGAGGCCAGCCCCGUGGAGGACUCAAGCAACCUGAUCCGGAUCGUGGGUGGGCAGAACUGCCCAGAUGGCGAGUGUCCCUGGCAGGCCCUGCUCAUCAACGAAGAGAAUGAGGGGUUUUGCGGCGGCACCAUCCUGAGCGAGUACCACAUCCUCACUGCAGCGCACUGUCUGCACCAGGCCAAGAGAUUCAAGGUGAGGGUAGGUGAACGGGACACGGGCAUCGAGGAGGGCAACGAGGUGGCACACGAGGUGGACGUGAUCAUCAAGCACAACAAGUUUGUCCGGGAGACCUAUGACUUCGACAUCGCUGUCAUCAGGCUGAGGACGCCCAUCACCUUCCGCAGGAAUGUGGCCCCCGCCUGUCUGCCCCAGAAGGACUGGGCCGAGUCCACACUCAUGGCGCAGAAGACGGGCAUCGUGAGCGGGUUCGGGAAGACUCACGAGAAGGGCCGGCCAUCUGCCAUCCUCAAGAUGCUGGAGGUGCCCUACGUGGACAGGAACACGUGCAAGCUGUCCAGCAGCUUCACCAUCACCCAGAACAUGUUCUGCGCCGGCUACGACACGAACCCCGAGGAUGCCUGUCAGGGGGACAGCGGGGGCCCCCACGUCACCCGGUUCAAGGACACCUACUUCGUCACUGGCAUCGUCAGCUGGGGAGAAGGAUGCGCGCGGAAAGGGAAGUACGGCAUCUACACCAAGGUCACCAACUUCCUCAAGUGGAUUGACAAGUCCAUGAGGGCCAGAGCCGGGGCCCAAGGCUGAGCGGGGUGGCCUUGCGCCCCACCCCCAGCUGCUGGUGUCUCGUUUGUGUGGCCCAAGGCCGAGCGGGGGGCCCUACGCCCCACCCCCAUUAAAGUCAUGCCAGCUG